AUGGCAAGGCCUCGUCAUUCACCCCCAAACAGCCGCAUUGGUGCAUCCAAGUCCCGAUCUGGCUGUAAAACCUGCAAGAUUCGGAGAGUCAAAUGUGGAGAGGAAAGACCCAAGUGUUUGCGCUGUACAAGCACUGGACGCAAAUGUGACUUCGAGGGAGAUGAAGUCUCUCGCCCAGCGCCAUUGACAACAGGCCCGCUGGUACCGAGCUAUACACUCUCAUCAUCCCCUAAUUCUGGUAGACGAGAGCGUCGUGCAUUUGAAUAUUACUUUCAACAUGCUGCCAAAUAUCUCUCUGGUGGAAUGGAUAUUGAUUUCUGGACUAGCGUUGUCCCGCAAGUUUGCCGCAGUGAGCCCCCAGUAUGGGACGCCGUAAUUGCCAUCAGCAGCUUGUUUGAGUAUCCAGAACAAUCAUCGCAUUUCACGUUCUUGGGGACGGGAAGAAAUGAUGAUGCUCUCAAUCAAGCUCAAAAAGAGGCAUUGACGUGGUAUUCUCGUUCGAUAUCUGGCGUUCAUUCCCAGAUUGAUCGUGGAAUUGCAGAUCCUUAUAUCGCUCUUGUCAGCUGUGUGUUGUUUAUCUGCGUGGAAACAAUUCAAGGCCGCAUGGAAGAGGCCCUGAAACUCCUCCAGCAAGGCUUCAGUCUGAUCCAAGACCUUCGUCUAAGGGCUUGCCAAACUUUCAUCUCUUUUACCAAAGUCGCACUAUUGGAGAAUACUAUUAUUCCUUUGUUCUUGCGGCUGAAUACGAUUGCCCUCAACAUAUCUGGCACACCAGCAAGCGAGCUAUUAUCUUUCUCGAAUCCCACGGAUUAUCCGCUUACGUCCCUUGCUUCUGCCCGGCAUACAAUAACUAUGCUAGCAGCCGAGUGCAUGAUCUUCCACCGCGAUGCAGAGCUGCAUCUGCAAGCAGUGGAUAACGAAUCAGACGUGAGCCACCAUCUCUACGCCAAACAACAACAUCUCAUCUCUGAACUUGAACGCUGGCUUCAUGAAUACGGUGUAUAUUGUCAGACAAUACAGCGCAAGAGCUCUCUCCUUGGCAGUAGCCAGGCUGCCAAGACAGAGCCAAUUCUCCUCACAUACCAUGCAGCGGCUUUUAUUCUCGUUUCCACUUGUCUGACACGACACCAAUCGGUGUAUGAUUCUCAUAUGGACAAAUUUAAGACAAUUGUUGAACAAUCUAGUUUUACACUGGACGCACUGGCUAAACCAGAUGGUGUAUCACCUCCCUUCACCUUCGAAAUGGGAGUCGGACUUCCACUUCAUUUGACCGCGCUGAAAUGCCGCCAUCCAGCUUUGCGGCGAAAAGCGCUGCAACUUUCUAAGAAGGCGCCUCCAGUGCAGGGGUUUUAUAAAUGUCUGCCGGGGAUUGCUUUGGCAGAACACCUCAUGGCCAUUGAGGAAGAUUACAGUGCUCAGAUAUCUCGAGCUGCGAGCCAGAAUGGCAGCCCCGAAGUAUUACACUCUGCGAAUUUUGAAGAUGACGGCGGCCAUGACCUGGAACUUCUGGCACUCAUUCCCGAGGAGGCUCGUAUAUGUGAUGCUGGAGUCUUUCAACCCAAAAAUGGUAUUCCACCCGAUGUUUCGGAAGUGAAUAUUUCAAAGUGGAACCGUGGACCAGAUCAACUCUUCAUAUCCUUUCGACGACUAUCAUGUGGAAGAGGGUCUGGUACAUGGGUGAUAGUUCAUGAUUGCGUCCCUCUGGAUUUCUGA